AUGCCGCUGCAGCAGCGGCGCCCGGGCAAGACCGCGCGGUCGCAGUCCGACGUGCUCACCCGCAGCCGCCUGAGGGAGAUGAACGGUGAUCCCGACGGCACCGGGAGGGACGCUUACGGUGACGAGCGGCGGGCCGCGACCGCCACGCGGAGGUCGUCGGCGUCGCAGACGAGCGUGAGGAGCUACAGCAACAAGGGUGCCAGCGACGGCGGCGGCGCUGGAGACAGGAGGAGUUCUGUGUCCGCCUCUGCGGCCGCGGUGCCAGCGCUCGAUGAGUCCGCGCUCACCGCGCUCAUCUCCCUGGCCGCGGGGGGCAUGAAGCGGUUCGUCAAGGACGAGGCGUUCCGCGCCUCGCUGCGCGCAGGGUGCGCCUCGUGCCUCGGCGACUCCAACCACCGCGCCGUGCUGGACCUCCGCGUGCACGGGCAGACCGUCGAGCGGGCCGCCAGGGAGGGCCUCGACCCGCGCGACCUGAAGCGCGCGUCCCUCAAGCUCCACGAGGUGGCGUCGCUCGACGCCGGGGACGCGGACGCGGUGACCGCAUCGGGCGUCCCGUACCCGCGCCUCGCCGCGUGCGCGCACCUCUACAUGUCCGCCGUCUCCAAGCUCCAGAGGCGGGACCACUCCGCCGCGGUGCACGCCCUGGAGGCCUUCUGCCUGGCGCCGCGCGAGGCGCGCACGCUCCUGCUCCCCGCGCUCUGGGACAGGCUCUUCCGCUCGGGCCUCUCGCACCUGCGGACGUGGCGCGACCGCGAGUCCGCCGCGGCGAGCUCGGACGAGAGGGCGAAGGAGGUGGAGAAGACGUUCGUGGACGUGGUGGACGACGGCACGCGCGUGCUCGCGUGCUACUACAGGGACUGGCUGCUGGGGCGCACGGACGCCAUGGCUCUCCCGGAUGUCCCUGCUCCUCCCAGCACCGUUCAUGCCAGCGCGCCGAGGUGCUCGGCGUCGACGUCGUAUGACAUCAGCUCGGACGUCGUGUUUAGCUCCGGGGGUUCGAGUCCGGUCAAGUUUGUGUACGAUGGCGCAAUGCAAAAAUCCGAGGAAAUCGAGGAGGAAGACAGGGUGCACGCCAUGGCGGCACAUGCAGAGAGCGUGUUCCAUGAGUGCGAGGCCGGCGAAGCAACAAGCUACCCUCCCGCGCUGCAGGUUGAAGAAAACGUGCUUACGCCUAACAACAUAGUCAAACAAACCUCUGAACCACAGGUUGAAGAUGAACCGAUCAAGGAAUCAGAUGCGUCGACAAGUUAUCGUCCGAUCUCUGACAUCUCAGCCAUCGACCUUCUAACGCUCGAGUUCUGUGAAGGGCUACUCCAGAAUGACACAGAUGGCAACCCUUUCUCCGUUUUCGCCACCGUUCCCAGCGAUUUCCUUUGUCCACUGACGCGGCAGAUCUUCAGGAAUCCCGUUACGAUCGAGACGGGCCAGACGUUCGAGCGUCACGCUAUAGUGCAGUGGCUAGACAGAGGCUUCAGGAUGUGCCCGGUUACAGGCCAAGAGCUCCUGAGCUCGUCGAUUCCAGACACGAACCGUGUGCUCAGACGCUUGAUCGAUAGCUGGAAGUCUGAACGCUGCAAGAAUCUCGUCUCCGGAAGCACUGGACCUGAAGAGAAGCUGACUGUAACGGUUAUAGACAAGGUCUUCGAUUCAGCCGGCGACAUGUCUGAAAAGCUUGACAAGGCAAGGCACCUCAUGGAGAUCGGUGGUAUCGACUUUCUCCUGCACAGGUUUCAGGAAGGAGGAGGGGAUGAGCAGCAGCGUGUAGCCGAGCACCUGCUGUUUUGCAUCAGUGCUGAAGGCAGCUGCAGGAAUUACGUGGCUAUAAAGAUCGAUGGCUCGAGCGUUCUCCGUCUUCUCCAUAACGAAGUGCUUUCAGCAAGGGGAACUGCAGUGUGUCUGCUCACUGAACUGAUCUGCUUGAGAAGAAGGGAGAUGUUCGAACUGCUCCUGCGUGGAUUGGGAACAGAGUCGGUCGUGCAGACAAUGGAUGUGCUACUGGAGCAUCUCCGGAGCUUGCCGGUCCGAGAACAAGCCCCAGUUGCUGUUCUCCUGUUGCACUUGGAAGCAUUGGUACAGGCAAACAAAGACAGCAAUUACAGAGAAGAAGCCGCCAAGAUCAUCACACAGUCUCUUAGAUGCUGCAUGUCCGAUGACAAUGCCGUGGCGGGCACUAGGAAAGCUCUGCUGCUGUUGGCAGGGCAUUUCUCCUUCUCAGGCCACCUUCUCGCAGAGGACUGGAUGCUGAAACAAGCGGGGUUUGUGGACGCCUCACGUGCCGGCCCUAUCAAUUCCGAUGCUGUUGUACAGGACAAGGAAGCAGCUGGAAACGAGGCCUGGCCGAGGUACGUGACGGCGGCGCUCCUCGGCAGCAGCGGGGUCAGGAGGCCGUUCCUCGAGGCGCUGUCCAGGUGCCUGGGCUCCCCCGACGCCGACCUGGUGGGCGCGUGCCUGACGACGGCGGGGUGGCUGAGCCGCUCGCUCGCGGCGUCGCUCGACGGCGACGCCGCGGACGCGGGCACGUCCCUCGCCGCGUUCUCGGCGCUCGUCCCGCGGCUGAAGCAGUGCCUGGCCCCCGCCCGGCCGGCGCGGCACCGGGUCCUCGCCGCCGUGUCGCUGCACAACUUCAGCAAGAUCCCAGACUGCAGGGAGCUUCUGGUGCUGCUGGCCGACGGCCUGCGCGACCACCUCGCCGAUCUCGCGCAGCUGACUGGGACGGCCGGUCAGCUGUCCGCCGAACUCCACGAACGGCAUUGA